GCAAUUUCAUAGUUUGAACCCCUGUUCUCGCUCUUUUCGAAAAAAAUUGCUGUAAAGAGCAAUACUUGAUUUUUCAUAAUGGUUCGUGUAAGCGUAUUGGCAGAUGCUUUGAAAUGCAUUAACAAUGCAGAAAAACGAGGAAAACGUCAAGUACUCAUUCGUCCCAAUUCAAAAGUUGUCAUCAAAUUCCUUACAGUAAUGAUGAAGCAUGGCUAUAUCGGAGAAUUCGAGAUUGUUGAUGAUCACCGCGCUGGAAAAGUUGUAGUUAAUCUUACUGGACGUCUCAACAAGGCUGGAAUUAUUUCACCAAGAUUUGAUGUUCCAAUUCUUGACAUUGAAAAGUGGACAAAUACGCUCCUUCCAUCUCGUCAGUUUGGAUAUGUUGUUUUAACGACUAGCGGUGGUAUUAUGGAUCACGAGGAAGCUCGUCGAAAACACUUGGGAGGAAAGAUUUUGGGCUACUUCUUCUAAAGUAGUUUCUGAAUAAUAUUGAAUAAAUAUUAAUUUGUCAACAAAAAAAAUUUAACAAAUCAUGAA